GUCACAUCCGUCCAGGAAGUAGCAUGCCAACAAGCGCGUGUGUUCUAGCUCCAAGGUGAUCUCAGUGUUCGCAGCUGAAUCCGCUCUCCAGAUGUUCCAGGUGUUCCAGGUGUGUGUCCUCCGGCAGCUGUGGAGGACCGUCUUCUGUCAGGUCCCCGCUGCGGCCUCUGCGGGCCGCGGAAGGUCGGUACCGGGCUCAGGACGGACUCUGAUCCGGCAGCUCAGCAGCAGAGACAGAGGAAGAGUCCGGGGCUGCACCGUAGACCCGGACCUGGAGGAACAGUUCGUGUUCCCAGACUGUACAGAUCCAGAUCCAGAUCCCCAUCAGGAGGAGAAACACCUGGUCCUCCAGCCUCCCCUCCCCUCCCCUCCCCCUCCUGUCUCUCCCCCUGUCCCCCCUCAGAAACACCUGAGGUCUCUGGAGCGUCAGCUGCAGGUGUUGAGGGGCGGGGCCCAGCAGGAGGUGGACCCUGACUCUCUGAUCCAGUUCCAGGAUGUGAACUUCCCGCUGGAUGAAAACCUGGUGGCUGCAAAGAAGAAGAAGGCGGCAGGUAAAGGUGAGCACAAGGUGUUCGGGACUCCGGACGUGGACGAGCCCGUCAGCGACACCACCUGCUCGGGCUGCGGUGCCGUGCUGCACUGCGCCGCUGUCCACGCCCCCGGGUACCUGCCCAGUGAGAAGUACAAGGUGCUGUUGCAGGAGGGGGGGCUGCGGGGGGCCACCUGCCAGCGCUGCCACCUGCUCACCCACCACCACAAGGCCCUGAACCUGCAGGUGUCCAGAGACCAGUACAGGGACGUGGUGCGGCAGAUCCGGCCCCGCCAGGCCCUGGUGCUGCUCAUCGUGGACCUGCUGGACCUCCCCGACUCCAUCGUCCACGACCUGCCCGAGCUGGUGGGGACCAACAAGCAAGUGGUCGUCCUCGGCAACAAGAUUGACCUGCUGCCUGGCGACUCACCUGGCUAUCUACGGCGGAUCAAGCGGCAGCUCGCCCAGUACUCUCAGGAGGCCGGCUUCGGGGGCCAGGUCACAGACCUCCACCUCAUCAGCGCCAAGACCGGGUACGGCAUCGAGACCCUGAUCUCCAGCCUGCAGAGGUCCUGGAAGUACAAAGGUGACGUGUACCUGGUGGGAAGCGCCAACGCGGGGAAGUCGACGCUCUUCAACACGCUGCUGGACUCUGACUUCUGCAAGUCCAAGGCCUCUGACCUGAUCCACAAGGCCACGAUCUCACCAUGGCCCGGGACUACUCUGAACCUGUUGAAGUUUCCCAUCAUCAACCCGACUCCGUACAGGAUGUUCAGACGUCAGGAGCGACUGAACGAGGCGUCGAGACAGACGGAGAGCGAGCUGUCACCUGACGAGCUGAGGAGGCUGAGGCAGUUCAGCAGACAGGGGUAUCUAGUGGGUCGUGUUGGCAGAACAUUCCGGUCUGACGUCAGAUCCAGACCCGAUGAGAUCCAGUUUGAUCCUGACAGUUUGGCAUUUGGAGAAAAUGAAGAGGAGGAGGCAACAGGUCCCAGCAGGACGCCGGAGGAGUUUACCUACAACGAGCUGAAGGACGCUCACUGGCUGUACGACACCCCGGGGAUCCUGAAGGAGAAUGAUAUCCUCAGCCUGCUGAAUGAACAGGAAGUGAGGUCAGUGGUUCCCACUCAGGCUCUCAUCCCACGGACGUUUGUGCUGAAGCCCAGUAUGAGUCUGUUCGUGGGGGCUCUGGCCAGGAUCGACUUCCUGCAGGGACACAAGUCCUGCUGGUUUUCAGUGGUGGCCUCAGGUCGGGUCCCGGUUCAUGUCACCAGUCUGGAGAAGGCCGACAGUGUUUAUGAGAAACACGCGGGACACGUCCUGCUGGGGGUGCCUACAGGAGGGUCGGCGCGGAUGAAGGAGUUUCCAGCUUUGGUUCCUCAGGAGUUCAGGUUGGAGGGUCGAGGUUACCUGGAGGCUGCCACUGAUGUCAAACUGUCGUCUGCAGGUUGGGUGGCAGUGACGGCGGUCGAAGGUGAUCAGGUGUUGUUGAGGGUCCACGGUCCGGAGGCAGCAGGGUUCAGUCUGAGGACGCCGCCCCUCCUCCCUCACAUCGUCUCUCUGAAAGGAGAACGCAUCAGAAAAUCGACGGCCUACAAACUGAUGAAGACUCCGGGACAGCUGGACGGAGGACUGACGUCCAGAGGAGUCGACAGGCUGCAGGUGAAGAAGAAGAAGUGAACCAGGUGGACACUGAGGGACAGGUAGAGGAGCAGGUGUCCGACUCUGACUGUCCAGACAGCAGAAACAGAUGUGGACAGAACAGACAGAUGUUGCUUGCAAGAACAAAGUGUCUCUACAGGAGAUCACCUCUGACCUCAGCUCGAUGAAUUGUGUGUGAGAGCUCCAUCAGGAUGUUUUCUCCACUGCAGCAACGUCACAUGAUGUCAUGCUGAUGUCAUGCUGAUGUCACGUGACGUAAUGUUUGUUCAUUUUGUAUUGUCACUGUCACAUGAUGGAACAGCAGUAGGAGAACGUCAGACCAGAGACUUCUUUCUUAAGGUUCUGGUUCUAUGUAGAACCAGGUCACUGGUUCCUGAUUGAAAUAUUUAAUAUGUUUAUGAAUGAGUCUUUAUACAUGUUUAUUGUUUACUGAUGUUUAGAGUUUUUUAAAUUUUUCUUUGAAGACAGAAACAAACCUGUUGAUUGUGAAAGUCUUUAUUAAAAAAGAGCAGUUAUGAUACAGUUAAUUUUUAAUGUUAGUUGUAGAAGAGCGCCCUCUACCUGCAGACAGGUGACAAUACAUGAGACCGUUCUAAUGAUGUGAACCUCAGUCUGUGUCAUCAGGUCAGUGACGUCUGAAGAAGAAAACAAACAGCUGCUGAUAGAAAAAAAUACAAACUCAGUGAAUCUGAAGUUCA